AUGGACAUCUUCACUUCCAUAUCAUCUAAAACAUUGCCUUUUGAUACCCAUAUUGAUAGCAAUAAUAAUUUGGGAGUUUACGGCGACACCUCAUUCUCGUCUUACUUGACUGCGAAAGAAGACCAUGACUUCAUCCGCAAACUCACAGAGUCGACUCGUUACCUGAAAAGCCCCAUCAUGAUUCCUGGUAGCAGAGGCGGUGAAGAUGGAGAGAUUGGAAUAUUUGGAGCUGAAAAGUACUUCAAUGGCGGAAUGGAGGAUGAGAGCACUCAAAGAUCAGGUAACAAUCAUCCAUCCUCUCAAAAGUUUGACAAACUUAUUGUUGCUCAUAUGGAGGAAGCCUUGAAAUUGCCAAAGCCGAGGCUUGGAACUCCAAGUGUUGGAUCGGAAUCCAGUAGCGUCAACAGCCAAAGACCUUUGCUGAAGAUCGUUAAAAGCACAACAACAACAACUGCAAUAGCAACAACAAUUGCCAAUAACAGUUAUUCACUCCAGAAGAGGAGGAGUAGUAACAACAACAAGAGCUUUCUAUCCAACACUCUUGGCUAUUGCAUGUGCUGUACAAGCAACAAAAAGAGUACUGCAGUUGAAGACGUGGGCGAAAUCAGUUUCAGCAAUGCUGUCACAACAAACCCAACACGAAAUAAUAUUAAUAAUAUAUUGGAUCGAGAAACUCCAUCGUUUCGAGGCUUUCCAACUGCAGCAUCAUCAAUGAAGAUGGUCCAUUUGCAAGAACCUGAAGAAGUAGUUGAAAGAAAGUCGUUAGAGGUUUUCGGUUCGCCAGUGACGGGAAGGCUCAGAAGCAAUAAACCGAUCAGCCUGGAGAAAAGGCUAACCAUGCUUUCUUGGGAUAAAACAAAUAACCACAGUACCACCUUAGGAUCAGGAAUGUUUUACAACGAGGACGAGGUGAAUAGCGAUUGUAGCUCCGACUUGUUCGAGAUUGAAAGCCUUACCAAGCAAACCAACCCAUUCCACUCUCCAACUGCCUCUUGUUAUGCGCCCAGUGAAGCAAGUGUUGACUGGAGCGUGGUCACUGCCAGUGCGCUCGACUUCGACGAACGGCGCCCCUCCAUUACCAGCCCAGCCAGAGUGGUACCACCACCACCGAUGAGGGUUAAUGUGCACAAAGAGGUUUUCGUUGUCCCGAAGAGGCGACCGAGUAGUAUUUUAGGGUGUAAUAGUGAGAAAGCAGUAAGAGUUGCUGAAGGUAAUAAUAAGUAUGAUCACAAAAUGAGUGGUAAUAAGUCCAACAACUCUGAUUAUCUUCACAUGGAACAACGUGACUCCGAGUCGUUGAUGGCAGUUAAAAGGUUUGAAGAUGAGACCAAAGUGGGAGGGCUAAGUUUCAAAUCGCAAGGGUCGUCGUCGAUGUUGCCUCUUGCCCCGCCUGCUCGUGCUCUCGGCACACGCUCGCUUCCUCGCCCUUAUUCCCCAAGGCUUACCAAUAUGACCUUCAAUAUGCAGUGA